AUGGCGACCCUUCUGAAGAGUGAGGCUGCGUUCGAUGAGCGAGCUCGUGAGUGUGGGCUACCGGAUGAGGAGCUGGGUCGGCUGAAGACUGCGGGGAUCAAGACGAUCUCGCUCCUGGCUUUCUCGACCAGUGCUCCAGGUGUUCAGCCUUCUGAGGAACAACUGAGGUCCCUUCUCCGACCGCUGGAUCCUGAGUCGGUGAGUGUUGGAGUUGUGGCAGCAAUCAGACACUUGAUGUUUGAAUGUCAGACGCUUUGCUUGGCUCACGUCAAAGCUUCGGUUGAAGGAAAUGAAAAGAGGAUCGAAUUGGCACCAGCUGAGAGGACCACUCGGAUACUCCAGCAGAAGGCCAAAAUGAAGGGUCUUACCUUGGUUGGGCAGCUCGAGUGCUCGUAUGCUUCUUACGACUAUGUGGGGGCGAUGAUCGAGAAGGAUAGCCCUAUGUACUUGGAACCGCACCGGUUCGACACGAGAGCAGCUGAGGUGGCGCGUGAGCGCCCUGGCAAAGAGCUCAUUUUGGAUCACAACCGCAUUUCUGUGCGUGACAGGGCAGACAAACACAAGUGCGCGAUACAAGAUCCAUUGGCACUGUCGCAAGCCCUACAGCGACGGGCCCUUGCUUCCGAUCUCAUGGGGGCAUGCACUUACGAGGCGAUGCAUGCCUGGCACUCCUUUCUUUUAGACAGGAUGCAGCAGCAGGCCCCGCCGGGCUGGUCACGCCCAUCGAUUGAACAAGUACUCCGAACCGACAGAGCUGGUUGGGUUCGUAUGUCGGAGCAGGUGAAGUCACUUCGGAGAGAUUCGUCGGGCAAUUUGCCCCUCGAUGAUGCCCUAGGGAAGUUGACGAGCGACCCUCAUGUGUUGUUCCAUCUCUUACCCCUCAAGAGCUCUGAGGUCAAGCCCGAUAAGCCGGAUAAGCCACCAAAGCUUCCACAUGGUGAUCCGGAUAAGAAGAGAAAGCCUAACAGUCCCAACAAGCAAGAUUCUGGCAACAAGGUCCAGAAAGCAGAGCUUCCGGACGAGCUUAAGAACAUUGCUGGAUUGCGGAUGGCAACCGAGGCAGGUGAAAAGUUCUGCUGGCCCUUCAAUUGCAAGAAAGGCUGCAAGUUCGCAAAGGCUGGCAAAUCCUGCCGUCGUGGAAUCCAUGCUUGUAUGCGCUGUCAACCUGUUGUGGAUCCGCCCGCUGCGCCGACACCAAGUGCAGCCAAGCGUGUGAAGGUCUGUCAGACUGGGGAGGCUUUGGAAGCUUCACUUGACUCUGCAUGCGACCCUAAUCCCUUACCCGCCGGUGCCCUGCAUUCGAACCAGCAGGAUGCCCUAAUUAGUCAUAACCACUGUGCCAAGCGAUUGACUUGCAAGUUCAUGGAUUCAGUUUUGCCUCUUGAACCGGCUUCGUCACCUCCGGCUGAGACCAUUCACCCUGCCGAGGUGUAUGCUGGUCAGAUUCUGAAGCUAGCACGGGCGCCCGCCCGCAGUGAGGUGCUGCACCUGUUCAACCUCCUUCCGAAGGAUAAACCCUCUCGUGGUGAGGGUACGGGUUGCGCUUUCGCUUGUGGCAUGUAUUGUCAGGGACCCUUGCUGGGCCUCCGGGCCAAUACCAAACGUUUUCCCUUGGCGUGCUCUGUGCUAGCUAGUUUUGUGAAGGCAAUCUCUCCUGAUUUUCAUUUUUCCACAAUCAACAUUUUCUUCAAUGUCAAGACGAGUCCGCACGUUGAUGCAAACAACGCUCCCAUGCCAAAUCUUGUUGCGGGCCUGAGCAAUUUUCAAGAUGGGCAAGUCUUAGUUGAAAGCUCUGGAGGCCCACGUGUGAUUGAAACCUCUUCGGGCAAGCUUCCCGCUGUUGCGCUGGAGGUGGCUAACACGCAUGCCAUUUUCGAUGCUUAUCGCCUUCGACAUGCCACUGCUGCUUGGCAGGGUGAUCGUGUCGUCCUUGUUGCCUUUUCGGUGCGCAAUGCCAGCAUGUUGAGCCCAGAUGAUCUGUCAACUUUACGGGAGCAGGGUUUUGCUCCCAAUCUGGAUGCUGUCUGCUCAACUGAUACUCCACCUGUUGUGGCGCCGCCAAUCAGCAGCAAGUGCCUACCUGCUGGUGCAGAACAUAGACUUCAGGGUCAUAGCCUUCAGUCGAUGCUGUUCCUUCAGAUCUUCUGUGGUGCGGGUCACCUGGCCGCUGCAGUUAAACGUAAAGGAGUUGGACAGUGCCUUGGCAUCGCCUCCCGUGUCACUGGUGCCACUCGGUGUCCUGUUCUCCCGCUUGACCUUAAAAAUGAAGAACAGCAUGAGCUCCUGUGGGAUGCUCUCAAUCGUGGCAACGUUUGUGGUGUGCACAUCUCGCCGCCUGCGAGUGAUGCACCACUUUGUGAGCUGUCGGCCCGGAUCCUGAAGUGGUGCCACGGCCGUGGCAUUCUCGUGUCAGUUGAAAACCCGGCUGCAAGCUCCGCGUGGCAGGGCCCCCUUGGCAAAACCUGCCUCGCCUUAGGCUUUCUCAAGACCUCAUUGCACCAGUGCAUGUUCGGGGAUCCGUGUGCUAAGCACUCAACUUUCUUCCACAACUACCCUGAACUUCGUAGGUUAGGAAUUGCUUGUGAUGAUUCGCACUCCCAUGCUCCCUGGCAGUCGGGUGCCUUGCACGUGUAUCCACCUGACCUAUGCGAUGGAUUUGCUAGAGCAUUGCUUGAGCGCCUCAAGGCCUUUGGGUGUGUGCCCUCCACUGUGACUGAUGUGUCCAUGCACCGUGCUGCUCAGGUUGCUGCUGCCAAGCAGCCGAAAGGAAAACGCAUCCCGCCGAUUGUGCCGCCUGUUGCUGGCACUGUUGUGCUUCGAGGACCCGGUGCUGUCAUGCCACCCACUGGUGUCUUAAAGUCAUUUACGCCAUUGUCUUCAGAGCUUGUCGUCCUGCCGCCCAUGCAUGGCCUGCCUGCUGGAGGCAAGUGCCUUCGGUCAGUGCUCUUCGGGGGUGGGGCUGACCUUCCUUCGAUUCGGGAAAUGACUUUCUCCGUGCCAAAGUCUUGUGAAGACUUUGUGCAGCAAGCAUGCUUCGCUGAGCAUCCCAAGCACCUUUACAGUGGCAUCCCUGAUGUACUUGCGAAGUGUGUCAGCAAGUGUGCUUCAGAAAGUUACGAGAGUCUUGGUCGGGAAAGGACUGCUUCACUUCGGCGCUGGGUGGCUAGGGCAAAAGAGUUGUCAGAGCAAGUUGAUCCAGAUCCUCCUGUGGGUCACUGUGCGGAGGUCUUAAAAGGCAAGGACCUUAGGCUGUUCAAAGAAAUGCUUGAUGAAAGUGGGCAUGUUGACAGUGGGCUGCCUAGUCAGGUGAAGAGAGGCUUUGACAUUAUGGGUCCAUUGCCCGCUUCUGGUGCCAUGCCUAGGAAAAACACUUUUGCAACUUUGACGCCAAAGGAAGUCCGUGAUAAUGCAUCAUCGAUCAAUAAGGCAAUCUUGGGAGCCUGCCGAUCUUCCAAGGACAAACAAGUUGCCGAAGAGGUUUUCGCGCUCACCUGUGAUGAGAAAGAAAGGGGAUGGCUUGAUGGGCCACACGACUUUCCUUUGCCAGAUGGUGCUGUGCUCACUCGCAGGUUUGGCAUUCGGCAAACAAGCACACAGGCUGAUGGUUCGGUUCUUGAUAAAACGAGGCCGAUUGAUGACUAUACCGAGAGCCAAGUGAAUCUCACUAAUGCCAGCGUGGAAACCAUUUCGCCUCAUGGUGUGGACACCAUUGUUGCUGGGAUUUGCCGGCGCAUCACCUCGAGGCCUGAGCAGGCUGAGCCUGAGGAGCUGGUGGCUUGCACAGUGGACCUUAGAAAAGCCUAUAAGCAACUUCCGGUUUCGCUUGAAUCGCUGAACGAUUGCUUCUUGUGUGUGCAUAACCCCGAGUGCAAUCAGCCUUCCAUAUACCGCACACGUGUGCUGCCCUUCGGGGCCCGUGCUGCAGUUAACGGAUUUUGUAGAUGCUCGCUUGCUUUGUUUUGGAUAGGGGUUGUCCUGUUGCAGCUCCACUGGAGCUGCUACUUUGACGACUUUUUCUUGGUGGCAGCGCAGUCGGAGGCAGAGCAUGUGCAUUUGAUUCAACGGGGUUUCUUUGACUUGCUUGGCUGGUCUACGUCGUCCGAAAAGGACUCGGGAUUUAACUGCCUGGCUCGAGUGCUGGGGGUUUCCAUCUCGUUUGCUGACGUUCGGGCUGGUCUAGUCGUAGUUUCGAAUACUGAGCACAGGAUACGCGAUUUGAGCAAUCUUCUUGACUUGUUGGUAUCAAGGGGCUCUGCAUCGAGUCAUGAGCUGACAGUGCUUCGUGGCAGACUCUUGUUUGCUGACAAUCAGGUCUUUGGCAGGCGUGCUCGGCAGGUCUUCUCUGUCCUGUCCAAAGCCUGCUCUUGUAAGAAGAAUGUCAAAAUAACUGGUGAGCUGCUGCACGCGCUUCUGUUCUUCCGUGAUCACAUCGUGAAUGGUGAGCCAAGGCGUGUCAGUGCUUGCAAAAGGGAAAAGCUGACCCUCUUCACUGACGCCUCCUUUGGAAGCGAAGGUUCAGGACUUGGUGGGAUCCUUUACGACUCAGCUGCCAAGCCUCUCAAGUGGUUUGCUGAGUGGAUUGAUCCUUGUGACCUUGUCCCCUUCGGCUCUGAUGCUAAGGAGGGUUUGAUUUAUGAAUUGGAGAUCUUCGCAGCAGUGCAAGGUGUCGUGGACUUGCUCAAAGGCAAGUCGAACAUUGACCUAGUGCUGUUUGUGGACAACGAGUCAGCUUUGUCAUGCUUGAUAAGUGGCCGCGCAGAAGGCAUUGCAGCUUGCAUACUUCAGAAGCUUGUCUGCUUCGAGGAAGAGAACGAUAUCAACAUUUGGUGUGAGUGGGUGCCAUCCCAAAGUAAUCCUGCUGAUGGUCCAUCUCGGAAGGAUUACAGCAAUCUUGAUUCGUCUCUUCGUGUGCGGCUCACUGCCUUGACACCUUAG